ACAAUCAUAUCAAAAUGAAUGGACUUUGCUGUUUACUUUUUCUGACUUUAUUUGUAUCUAUUUCAUGUGUGACUGGUAACACAGAACGUAGUUCACAGUCUGGUAUAAUUACAUCAGACGAUGAAGACAAAACAGAUUCAGUCGAUAAGCCAUCAGACCAACAAAAUAAACAGCUAUCUAAAGAGCUGUCUGAUCAGAAAUGCAACUUAACUGAACCAGCGUUGACAUCUAAUAAGAAACAACAGCAACCCAAACAAACACCAUCAACCGGACAGGAAAUUCAUUUACAUGAAUCCGUGCGGUCUUCUGAAAAGAAAAACAGGCUAUCUGAACCAGCUUUGUCGUCUACUCACAGAAACCAAAAAAUUAAAUCAUUACCAUCAUUCAAGCAGAAUGACAAAGUAUCGGACUCAUCAACAUCACCAUCUGAUAAAAGAGACCAACAAACGGAACCGGAAAAAGAACAAUCGUCAUCUGGUAAGAAUACCAAACUAACUGAACCGCCGUGGUCAUCCAAAAAGAAAAACAACCCAACAUCUUUUACGGGAUUUGCUUCAAACCCAGGAAUGCCUUGAUAAUAUCGACACAGAAUUGUAUUUAACAGAAAAGAAACAUUUGAACUUAUUUUUUAAACAAUGUUUAAAACAAGUUGAAACAUUGUUUUUUGUCACACAUAAAUCAAAUAAAAUGGCCGUAUCAUAUUUUAUCGUCAUACGCAAGAGAAAUAGAUAGGGUGCAUCAUACUUUAUUGUCAUAUAUGAG